AACGUUUCGCAAACGUUUUUAUCGUAAACAUUUAUUAAAUUUCGUGUCGAAGUAAAAUCAACAAAGAAGUCAAGAUGAGAUCGCGAAUGACGCUCAUUCCGAAGCUCGUGUCGCAGAUGUGGGAGCAGAUGGAGAGGCCGCAUCGUCUACUGGACCAGCACUUCGGCCGCGACUUUUUCCACCCGGAGAGCUUCUUCAACUCGUCCCUGUUCGAGAUGCCGAGGCGCGUCCCCUACGCCUACUAUCGGCCCAUGCUGGAGCUGAUGAAGGAGGCGGAAGAGCAGAGCAGCGGCUACUCCAUCAUCAAGGACGACAAGGACAAGUUCCACGUCGCCCUGGACGUCAAGCAGUUCAAGCCCGAGGAGAUCAAUGUCAAAGUCAUCGACAACUACAUCGUCGUCGAAGGCAAACACGAGGAAAAGCACGACGACCACGGCACGAUUUCUCGGCACUUCGUCCGCAAGUACAUGGUUCCCGAGCAGUGCGACCCGGAGAAAGCCUCGAGCACUCUGGACUCCGAGGGUCUGCUCACCAUCACUGCCCCGCGUAAACCCGAGGCCAUCGAGAACAAAAAGGAGCGGGUGCUGAAGAUCGAGAAAGUCUCGACGAAGCCACAACAGCAGCAAGUCGAGCAGGGCAAAAAGGAAGAGCCGCAGCAGCAGCAGCAGGCACAGACCGAAAACAAGCAGAAGAUGGCUCAAAGUCAAUGAGAGAAAAGCCGACGAAGCUCGAGAACCUCGAACGUAUAGUUUCCUAAUUUUUUCCAAAGACUGUUUUCUUUCGAACGAUCGAUGUAUUUAAAUUUAGUCAUGUAGUUGUGUUACAGUUAGAUAGGCCUUUUAUACUUGACGACGUAUAUGUCUUGAUUGUGUGAUAAAUUUGUAAAGAUUAGAUGUAAAUAUUUCUUGUAAUAAACGCCAUAUGAUGUUAAAAAUUAUAA